UUCACCGUUUGGCUUGGGGAGAAAGGAGACGAAAAUGGAGGGCGCGCCAUCAAUUCCAAGCUCUAGGGAACUGAAUUUGAAGAAAUCCUUCAACCGCGGCUUGCGUUCCUUGCUUACUGCAUGCUCCGAUGAGGAAUUUCGUAAAGCUUUCCCGAGUUUCUCUGCAGCUGAGCAGGACCGCCUCCACGGACUCUUCAUUCAGGUUAUCACCUCUUUGCAUGAAGAUAUAGAGGAAGAAUUUGAGUCCAUAGUUCUGGAAACAAAGGCAGGAACAGUUCUUGACAAAGUAGAGGAGCUGGUGGAAGAGCAUAAUCUAGAUCCGCUCCUUUCAACAAAGAGUAAUGUAGGUGAAACAGCUCAAAAUUUGUCUCAAGCAAAGAAAAAUGAGCUUAAGCAUUUGACGGCACUCCUGGAAAAGGCAGAGGAACAUAACAAAAGAACCAAAGCACACAUCGAACUCCUCAAGAAAGAGAAACAAGACUUCACUGGAGGAGCAAAUAUUGUUCCCGAGGCUUACAGUCAGCCAAGAUCUCUUGCAAUUUCUUAAUUUUGAAAACAGCUCAAAAGUUCUGUAAGGUUUUGAUCAGUUUGCUGCAUUUUCUAUUUCCUCUGGUUAUUUUUCAGCAAUAUUUGUACAAAUUGCUAAAUUAUUCUAAUGCAGUUGACAAGAGAAACAGCACUCUUAGUGCAUUACACCUCACCAUGAUGACAUCUAAAAACAGCUUGGCUGAGUCACAUAGGUGUCACCCGAAGAAGUGCAUUCAGUUACAUUUAAUUAUGCCAGAAAAUGAAUACUUUCUUAUGUUCUUGGACCUGUUCUAGCAUCCAGUAGAAUUGUUAUGAUGUGCUUAUUAAUCACUGCUCAUAAUUAAUGCAUCAUUGGUUUUUUUUUUUUUAGAUUGAAUUUGUUAUCAUGUAUCAUUGCUAUUCUUUAUAUUAAGUUUCGGAUCAUGUCUGUUAGUGAACAUCUUUCCAUCUCAUAGUUAAGUACAUGAUGAGAUUCUAGUUGUAGGCGUGUAACGCGUAUCUACUGUGCACGUAGCAUUAUUAGAAAAUAAUAUUUGAAAUAUUAUGAUUGCUGAGCAUCUCAGGAGUUUCUUUAUUGUUUUUUUAUUAUAUUAUAUUAUGAUUUAGAUUCAAGCAGCCCAUUAUUGUUCCACUAUAUCUACCCACAUCGUACUUCAGGAAUUGGUGCAAUGUUUCACGUUUUCCAAAUAUGAUUUUUAAUUUUAGAGGUCAGAGCUGACCUUAACUCUCAA